AAAAAGCAACCCCGAUCUUGUGUCACCCUCCAUAUCCUCUCGACUGUGGCAAUCGAAAGUUACAUUCCACGCGAGCCGAGGAAGUAGAACCCCCUUCCCCCCGCCAACAAAUUGUGGCAGAUAUAAAAGAUAUGCAGCAACUGCACGGUCGUCUUCGAAACCAAGCCACUGCCACCUGAGUAUCAGCCGCACGUCCCACAUCCUUCAUUAUGCCUUCCAACGAGAGCAUGCCUCAAGCCGGCAACACCGCCGUCCUCCGCAGCAUCAAUCCGAAUUACACCGGCUUCGACCACAUCAGCUGGUACGUUGGAAACGCCCGUCAAACGGCGACCUACUUCGUCGCCCACUUCGGCUUCAGCGUCGUAGCCUACCGCGGCCCCGAGACCGGGUCCUACCUGAGCUGCUCGUACGUCGUCACAAACGGCAACGCGCGUUUUGUCUUCACAGCGCCCAUCACCUCGCCCAACAACACCUGGGACACGCGCGCUUCGGAUCAUGACCGCCAGCACUUGAACGAGAUGCAAGCUCAUCUCACUAAACACGGUGACGGCGUCAAAGACAUCGCUUUUGCAGUCGACGACGUCACCAGUGUUUGGGAACACGCCGUACAGAAUGGUGCCACCUCUAUCCAGAAACCACAGCUCCUGAAGGACGACACCGGCGAGGUCCUCUCCGCCACGGUCCAGACUUUCGGAGAUACAGCCCAUACGCUGAUCAACCGAUCCGCAUACCGGGGCGUUUUCCUUCCCGGAUACCAAGCCGUAUCCGGAUACGAUAGACUAAAUGAUCUAUUACCGAAGAUCGAUGUGAUCGAGAUCGACCAUUGUGUUGGGAAUCAGGGAUGGGAUGGCCUCGACAGUAUCGUCAAGUACUACGAAGACGCAUUCAACUUCCAUCGCUACUGGACUGUUGAUGACAAGGAAAUGUGCUCGGAUUACUCCGCUAUGCGGUCUGUUGUUGUUGCAUCGCCGAAUGAGGUCAUCAAAAUGCCUAUGAACGAGCCCGCUGUCGGCAAGAAAAAGUCCCAGAUAGAAGAAUUCGUAGAAUACUACAACGGCCCAGGCUGCCAACAUAUCGCCUUCCUAACUCCCAACAUCAUUACCGCAGUGGAGAAUCUCACCAAGAGGGGCGUGGAUUUCCUCUCCGUCCCAGAAAACUACUACGUGAACAUGCGGGCCCGUCUCGCGGCCGCAAACAUGAGCCUCGCCGAAGACAUCAACACGCUCCAGAAAUAUAAUAUUCUUAUUGAUUUCGACGAGGGUGGCUAUCUGCUGCAGAUCUUCACCAAGCAUGUCGUGGAUCGGCCGAGCGUGUUUCUGGAGAUCAUCCAAAGGGAGAAUUUUGAUGGAUUUGGGGCGGGGAAUUUCAAGAGCCUUUUUGAGGCGUUUGAGAGGGAUCAGGCGUUGAGGGGGAAUCUGUAGGGUUUGGUUUUGUUGCUGUAUAAUUUGGUUGAAUUGGGAGGUGGUUUGGGCAGCUGGAGGGUAUAUUGUAUUGGAAGAGUUUCUGACCUGGCUCGAAAUUAGACAGAAAAGGAUGCCUGCCGUCGUGCAGGCCACAGAC